AUGUCGCAACCAGGCAGAUACCACUCUUUACAACAUGUCUCGAAUACAGAGGCAGUAGCCAUACAACCAAAGACACAAGCAGAUAGGCUUCCAGUAAAGCUACCAGAAGGCGUUCAACCCGUAUCUGAAAGGUUGAAAGGGCGAGAAGACUACUCAACGUGGCGCUUUGAAAUAUGUCAAAUCCUGAAGAACGUCGGUCUACAAGACAUGAUCGACAAGGGUCUAUCCCAUCCUAGUACAAACCACACGAAUUACUGGCUAUGGCACCACCUGUCAAUCAACAUCCAGUCCUGGCUAGCUAGCCAGCUGUCAGACCCCCUAAAGAGGGCACUGAUGACGUCCCCUGACGCGCACGACUACGCGGACGAUGCCUACGAAGUCAUCAAAUCACUCGUCCUAGGCCACGGCCACACGCUUUGCCAAACAACGUACUUCGACCUCAUCCACAAACGCCGAUCCGACUACUCUACCGUUGAACAAUACGUGGAGGCGUUCAAACACGCAUACAACUUCGCUAAAGAGUUGAAAGUCGGGAUAUCACCAUACUGCGGGUUGCUACACCUGCUCAAAGAGCUGGAAUCCGACCUUCCAACGUGGGUGUCAACAGUGGAGUGCAAUUUGCCUGAUAAUGCUGCGGACACCCUCCAGGAGAAAGAGUUUCUAGUUUACUGCAGGACCGCAAUCGAACAAGGUAAUAAACAAAUGCAAAGAUAUUCUUUCGCUGCGCCAGCGAAGAACACUGGAAGCACCACCAAGUCGGGAAGCACUGCAACGACCUCAGAGUGGAAGAAAUCAACAUUCCCACCGAAAGGAACGACCCCUGAGGAACACGCUAGAAAGAUGCGAAACUUGAAGCCAGAGAUGACUAAGGGACGCUGCGCUUUCUGUAAGACACUAGGCCAUGGAGCAACCACCUGCUGGCGCUUGAAUCCUGACCUCCGGCCAGAGGAUUAUAGGCCUCGUAUAGAAGGCAUCUGGUGGUUCAAAGGAUCGAAGCCUAGCGAAGCAUCAAAUGCAGCGGUAGGCGAAAUAGGAUCCGAUGACGAAAACCCGUAUAUUUUGAAUUUUUCUGGCCUAGCCGUUGCAAACGCCACGAACACCUCGCUACGCUGGAUAUAUGAUACAGGCAGCUCACAGCAUCUAACACCUGACUGCGCUUCCCUAAGCGGUCUCCACCAAUUGAAACCCCACGAAUACUACCAAUAUGGCACCUCGAACGGGGGAAUCGGUGUUGCAAAAUCGGCAGGGUAUCUGACCCUGACCCUAGCUGCAAACGGCCAAAAUACGGUGUUGAAGAUCAAGGCCUACCACCAACCGGACCUACCCUACGGGCUCCUUUCUUCCAACCGCCUACGUACAGACCUUGGCAUCUACGCUACCACUAAGGACCUGACCCUACGCAGGGACCGGGAUGACAAGAUCGUCGGCCACCUGCAGGCAUCGAAAAACGUGCUUUUCGUCAGGACAAAAGACCCUGACCUAGCGCUAGCGGCAGUGGACCCCCUACUCUUGCACCGGCGAUACGGGCACGCAGGAUUCCGCCGAAUCGCUACCACUGCAAAGGAUCAUCAAAUUGAACUCGAACACAGGGACACCCUAGAGUGCGAAGCAUGCUCGCUAGGCAAGGCCACACGCCUCGUUUCAAGGGACCCAAUCCCAAAGACUAAUGAUCCAACACAGCUCUGGCAUGCAGACAUCCAAAAGGUGACCCCGAUUGGUCAUGGCGGAUUCAACUACUUUCUACUCAUGGUCAACAACGCUACUCGCUUAGUGAGGACGGCCAUGCUUAAACACAAAGAUGACGCCUCCGACGAGCUGAUCAGGAUGAAUAUGGAACACAAGAAUAUGGUCGGCCGAUACGUGGCCACCUGGCACCUAGAUGGUGGCCGCGAGUUCAACCGCUUUAGGAAAUGGGCGAAUCAUGCAGAGCGAGGCAUUCAAAUCAAAAUAUCACCUCCUCGAACACCCGAAGCCAACGGCCUAGCUGAACGAUACGGCGGCUUGCUCAACCGAAUGAGCAGGGUCAUGAUACUAGAUGCUGGCCUCCCUGCUCACCUCUGGCCGUACGCUGUACGCCUCUCAGCGCAGAUCCUGAAUCGCCUCGUCCCCUACCACAGCGCUGUCAGGAAGACCCCCGUGUUCCUAUACAGAUCCCACUACAACCUCCCGAAUCCUAACGCGUCACUAGACUUCCUACGCGUAUUCGGAUGUCGUGCCUACCAACACAUCCCGCAGGAAGAUCGAGUCGCAUCCCAGAAAAUGGGACCUCGUGCAAAAGUCGGAUACUUCGUCGGUUUCGAUGGGGACAACGGACACGUUUACUACGUGUGGGAUCCUAUAUCUGAUAAAAUUAAACGAUCACGAGACGUUAAAUUCAACGAAGAUCGAACCUACAAGGAUGACAAGGAGGAUCCCGGUGGAGUUCCUACACGCGAACCUGACCCUAAAGGACCAACACCAGCUGGCCCAGGUGCCGCGCUCAAGUUAGACAACGCGUUCCUGCACCAAACAACCAAUAUAUCAGAUAACACGAGGGCCCUGAUUGAGCAACCGGACCCUGAAGAAGACGUCAUCCGAGGCAGAAUCCACACCAUAUCUGCCUCCGCAGAGCCUCCACCUACACGCUCGAUCGAGAAUGCCACAGAAUACGAGGCAUCCUCAACGAAAUACGCCGCGCAGGACUACCGCCUGCCGGACCCUACUGAGCCAGAAGAACAACCCAUACUGAGGCGCUCCGCAAGGACCACUAAAGGCAAAUCAUCAACAUGGCCAGAUUACCAACAACUGGCCACGGUUGACCGGGUGACCCUACCCCACCUCAAACAACACGAAGUGGUCGUUCCGAACACCUACAGCGAAGCGAUGAAGUCCCCGCUGGCACCAUACUGGAAAGAUGCUAUGGAUACACAGAUCGAUAAGAUACAGAAUAUGGGCACCUACGAGAUCGUGAACCGACCUCCAACCGCUCGCGCAAUCCCAGGCAAGUGGGUGUACGACCUCAAGGUCAACACUGACGGAUUCGUCACCCAAUUCCGUGCUAGAUGGGUAGUCUGCGGCAACCGCCAGAUACCAGGCAUCGAUUACGACGAAUCGUUCGCUCCUGUCGCCAGCGAAGCGGCCCUGAAGCUAUUCAUGACGAACGUCGCUAUAAAAGAUCUUGAAUGGGAACAAUGUGAUAUAGUAUCUGCUUAUCUACACGCGCAGAUACAGGGCAAACGCGUGUUCAUGAAACAACCUACCGGAUACCAUGAAGGACCACCGGAUCAGGUGUGCCUAUUAAAGAUGGCCCUCUACGGCCUCCGCCAGGCGGCCCACCUCUGGCACCAAACGUUUGACGAAACACUUAAAAGAAUCGGUUUCGAACCACUGAGGGAGGAUCCCUGCGUAUACAAAAAGGGUGAUAUCUGGUUGAUUAUUUAUGUUGACGACUCCGCUAUCGCUGGCCCCAGGAAGGAAGACCUAGCCGAGGUCAAACAACACCUAAACAAGGCAUUUGGCCUGAAGGAAAUGGGGGAACCAAAGGUUCUACUAGGAUGCAACGUUCAACGUGACUACCAAGCAGGCACGAUAUCACUAUCCCAACCAACGUACGUGGAGGAGUGCCUCAAUGCAGCGAACCUAGGAUCCUGCACCCCCUCCGCCAUUCCGAUGACCGUUGCCUACAAAAAGUCAGAUCGCUCGAAUAUGACUACCGAAAACGUCAACCUAGCCGAAUAUCAAAGCCUUGUAGGGCGUUUGAACUGGCUAACCACAAAGACCCGCCCCGAUAUACGUCAUGCAACGUUUAGACUUCAAAGGCGCAUGAACACUCCCACUACGGCCGACGCUAAAGCAUUGAAAAUUGUAUACAGAUAUCUGAAAAGGUCCAUCCCGUACGGGAUCACCCUCGCCACUGACCAUACCAAAGGCAUCGAAGUCUUCGUAGAUGCCGCCCACGCUGACCACGAAGACGGCAAAUCAACGGAGGGAUACGUCAUCUUCUACGCUGGCGGCCCAAUCAGCUGGUCAUCCAGGAAGCAAUCGCUAGUUGCACCGUCAUCUACGGUAGCAGAAUACUGCGCGUUUGACUCCGCCGCCAAAGAAGCCUUGUAUAUAAAGAAAUUGGUUGAAGCGUUUGACCUCAAGGCCUCCGUUGACGGCAGGAUACCCUUGUACACCGACGCCGCCAACUCCCUACGGAUCCUGAACCACGGAGGCUACACCAGGUCCACUAGAUGGCUCGAUAAUCGUUACCUAUUCGUAGCCGAUCUGAUCACGAAGAACGCUAUCACCAUUCAACACAUCCCAGGGACCACCAACCCGGCGGACGGCCUCACCAAGCCGCUUGAUAACGAAUCGUUCAAAGCGUUCAGGCACCUCCUCGGAAUGACCCCCAUCUCCUCCCCGAACCUGCAUCCAGGGAACACCGAUAGCGAAGAAUCAAGCGUUUUCAACGACUUCAGUAUUGACCUAAAACGUCGUUUCAACAGAUUAUAUCGUGCUGCAAUCUUGGAGAUGUCAAGCCCCGUGUUAUGUGAUUGGUGUCAGACAACGGUCUUUGACAAACAUCUUCUGGCCGUGAUUGGUCGCGAUAGGGAUUCGAUGUACAUGGAUCAGAGUCCUUUUAGUGUGAUGAUUGACCCAGUGGCAUACUUCGGUAAUCGGAAUGCGCUUGCCGGGUUCCAGCGGUCCUUUCGUCGAAACAAUGAAUUGCUAUUGCAGAAUGCGGCCCGGUGGUGUAUCUUCUGUAUGCUUCUUAGAAAUUUACGAGGUGGACUACGCGAUGAUUUCGAGUUCACAAUUACCGUCAACGAUCCCUGGAAGUGGUCCACAGUGACUGUUGCUGCGCACGAUGACGAGAUUACGAACCGCACUGGUUACUUUAGAGUCUAUAAGACAGUUAGCCCUAACAAAGUCGCAUUGUCUGGUUCGACCUUCAAUAACGCGCGGGUAGCAGAACAGAACGUCGAUAUCUGUCCAGCAAAUAACGAUCUUCUCCAACAUGACAGCUCACUACCUCGGCAACUAGUUCGAGAUUGCGGGGCCCUCCGCGCUCUGAUUGACGAUUGUACGGCUAACCACUCUAAUUGCAAGCCACGGGAGGGAUUAGGCUCUCCUUCCUUGCUGCUUGAACUUUCUGGAACAUCAGUGUCACCGGCAGUACGCCUCAUCAAGACAUCGGAAAUUAAGGUCGUGCCAAUUCGCUACGUCUGCCUUAGCUACUGCUGGGGCGGAAUACAGCCAAACAUGACGACAACCAGCCGUUUGGACUCAUACUUAGCCGGAAUUGAUACAACAGAGAUUUCUGAAACAAUUCUGGACGCCAUCCGUGUCAGUCUUGCGAUGGGCUACCAGUACUUAUGGGUGGAUGCUCUGUGUAUUGUGCAAGACUGCGAGCCAGACAAGAUUGUCGAGCUAGGUAAGAUGGCUUCUAUUUACUCGGGAGCCAUCCUUACAAUAUGUGUCAUGUCGGCCAAAAGUGCGACGGAAGGCUUCUUGCGACAGGCCUAUCCAAACUACAGCGACGACAAGUCAAUACGCACAUGGCACGCAGAUAUACGCGACGACAUAAGCCAAUUAGUGACUGGUUCCCUAGAAAUACGGAGUGAUUUCUCCAACGAUGACAUUUUUGACAGUCCAAUUCUGAAACGAGGCUGGACCUUCCAAGAGGCGCUUCUUAGUCCACGCCUUGUCGUAUUUUCUGCUCAUGGUCAGAAGCCUGCAUUGCGAUGCUCCACGCAUACCGUCCAAUCGGACGGUGGUCGGAUCACAACGCACCCCAAAACUUUGGUGAACCUUGGGGAGCUGGAGCAAGUAGUAGAAAGGGCAAAGUCCGAACACAGAUACUCUAGAGAAUAUUUUAUUCAAUCGGCCAAAGCUGAAGAAUGGGUCAAGGUUGUUGAACAAUAUUCUCGGAGAUCAUUGACAUACCAGGAGGACAAGAUGCCCGCCCUCAUGGGCAUUGUGUCAGAGUGGGAGUCCCUGUUCAUGCCGGGUAAGUAUUGGGCCGGUAUUUGGUCCAAGACCUUGGCGAAGGACCUCAUAUGGAAAUGUCAUAGAAACUAUUUUCCACGGUCAGCCUGCGAGUCGUACGUUGCCCCGUCAUGGUCCUGGGCGUCUCGUGCCCAUCCCGUCUAUUACGAAAGUUUGGGGGACAUGCUCUUUUUCGAAGGAGAAGAUUCUUUUGAGGUCGUUUCGUGUGAGGUGAUUCCCAUUCACAAGGACCUGCCAAACGGCGCGAUCAAAUCGGCACAGUUAACUGUGAAGUGUAUUGCUGAGCUGGUGGACAUUGAGGGCCCUGAAUCAGAAGAUGUUUCCUGUAUAGCGUCAAGGGGGGAAGUGGAGGUUUAUUUUGACGACAGUCCUAGGCCACAAGAUGUCAGAAAAGCUUGGCUUCUAUACAUUAACGAUGAAGAGCCGUAUAAUCUUCCGCACGGAAUUGGGAUAGCGGUCGUUGAAGUCGACACAACCAAUGCUGAUGGCACCAAGUUAUACAAGCGAGUAGUGUCUAGAUCAUGGAUCAAAAGUAUAGCCUGGGGAAAUGUUAGUUUGGGCUCAUCCAGACUCGGGCCGAAAGUAGCGCUCCCAGGCCCCAAUGCAGCAUCAAGGUGCAUAUCAACAAGCACUCUAAGCGGGUCCAGUAUGGUAAAUCAGUCAUCUGCUCACAGAGAAAAUACUCCCGCAGCCGGAUAUCCUAUGGAGUUGCUCGGAGACUGCCCCGGAGAUCCAGGCAUCACUCAUGCAGAACACUGCUGUUUCAUCAUGGUUGCCGAACAACAUAUUAAUCCCGAGGAUCAGAAUGGGAGGGUGUUGAUAAAGUACAAACAGGAAACUCUAGCGCAUUGCCAGAUGGUUAACAGAGACAGGGAUCCCUGGAAUAUCAAACUGCUACCUAUCCAAAUCUUUCACACAUACGAAGUUGAGAAUCAUAUUCUUGGCUAUGGGGCUCGGCACUAUCCGGAAAAGGCCAAUUAUUGCCCACCUAUUCCCGGAUACUUGAUCUAG